GCCGCUGUCCCGCGCGGAGGCGGGGUCGCUGCCAGCGGGCCGGGCCGGGCCGGGCCGGGCCGGGCCAGCAUGCGGCGCCUGGCGGCCGUCGCUGUCCCCCCGCUAGGAGGCGAGCUGGCUCCGGGGCAGCGCUAAGCCGGCAGCGAGCAUGGGGGGCGCGGGCGCUAGCCCGGGCUGCUGGCUGCUGCUCUGCUGGGGCGGGCUCCUGGCGGCCGGGCACCUGCCAGGGGCCGAGGCGGGCUGCGGCCGGCGGGGGAGCGCCCCCUGCUGCCCCGGGCGGAAUAACGCCUGCGCCGACCUCCGGGCCCCCUGCUACUGCGACGCCUGCCGCGAGGGUUACCCGGGCGUGUGCCGGCGCGCGGGUGAGGGCCGGGCCGAGCCGCUGCAUCCGGAGCGACUCCGGAGUGGCGCCGCCGGAGCCGGGGCGGGGAAGUGGGGCGAACAGCCCCGCCGUGCCAUCCACUGCGUGGUGGGUCCCUGGGGCCCUUGGAGCGAAUGCAGCUCCCUGUGUGGGGUCGGUAGCCAAGACAGGACUCGGCAAGUCACAGUCCCACCCCGAAACGGAGGGACUCCCUGUCCAGACCUCAAGCAACGGAGAGGGUGCUUUGGGGAGACCCCAGCCUGUGAUACGGCUAAAGAGGUGGCUAGGAUUUUGCCAGAUUCCUUUAAAAGGGACUUUAAGGACCCCUGGAGAAGACCUCACAUGCUGGUGAAGGAGAAGCAACCAAGUUACUGCGUCUAUUUCCGCCUUAAGCAGGUGGGAGCUGCCUGCCGCCUGCACUUGUGGAGCAGCCAGCUGAUGAGAGAGAGGCGCGUCUGCGUGGAGUGCCGGCCGGACGCUAUGGGCAGCGGGGCCCGAUGCCAGGGGGAUGGGCUGGAGGGAGCCAGGACCUUCUGGACUGCUACCUCCAUCGCUGGGUGCCAGGGCUCGUGGAUCCAGGAGUCUCUGCAAGAGAACUGUGUGUGUCCUCUGCUCUCGCUCAUCUUUGUGUAACCCUCUGUCGACCUGGGUCAUGAACUUUCAAGGGGAAGGGGAGAGUGACAGAUUGAAGCUGAUGACCCAGCUAUUUCUGGCUAUCGCUAGAAAACGGGCAGAAGAAGUGAAGGGUAAACCUCCUCUGAAUGAAAUUCUUGCUACACGUUUUACCUCGUAUCACUUUCAUUAGAAACUCACUUCCUAUGAAAUUACAUUUUUGGCCACAUAACUAUGUAUUGUUUCAAAGCACAAGACUGUCUUCAUUCUUUUGAACUUUAUAUUGCUGAAACCUUGCUACCUACCUCCAGCACUGCAGCUACAAUGGAAGACCACUCUUCUUCUGUGUUUUCCAUUAUUUUGCAGAUUUUAACAGAAGAAAAAUGCAAUAACCCUAUUUAAAAAAAAUAAUUUAAAACGCGACAAACUUGCUAGAACCCCAGCACCAAAGUUAAUGAUGGAUGAACAUUGGAAUGAGGCCAAAUCUGAGAUAGGAAGUGAUGUCAUGGUUAUUUGAGAUGGCAUGGGAAUGAUGUCAUAAUUAGCUGUGGAAAUGUUUCCAAAAAAACAGAGUCCUUGGACUGCUUUUUGAGAAGAAUGUGUGAAGGAAA